AAUGAAACAUUCAGGAUCUAUUACAUUUAGAAUGCAUGAAUCAAGUUUGAUGGACUCAGCUUUAGAUUCAACAACUGCAAGAUAACCUCAUUCCCUAUGUGAAGAUUCAAUUGCCUUCAUAUUGAUGGCUCAAAGUGUCAAUGACCAUAUAAGAAUUAUAAGAGUAUAAACAUAUAAUUUAAAUAGAGGAUAUAAUUCAAUCUACAAAAGAAACAAGAAAUCGACUUCAUCUAAGUAUCCAAGAUAUGAAGUUGAGUCUAAGUAAUCUUGAACAUACACAAUAAAGAGAUAUCCUCAAUACUGAAUAUGAAAUGACAGUCAAUGCCAAUAAAUUGAAAUCUGUAUAUUUUUAUUAUAAUAUAUCCAUAAGAACUUAUUUUAGCAAAUUUAAGAUCAGCGAGAAUAAAAUACACAAUUUGACCAAUAAAUAUUAUCUUUACAAUAAGAUUGUGAAGACAUUGAUUUAUAAAGAAAUAUAUUGGAUUAGAAAUUAUAAUACAUGUGUAAUAAAACAGGACAAUAUUAAUAUGUGGAUUAUGAUAACUAUAUAUAAUGA